CUCUGUGUUCAGCAGCUCCUUCCACACUUCCCGUGGAGGAUAGCGUGAUGGAAGCUGCAACAGGGUAUCCCUCUGUUUUUGUUGUGGAUCCAACACUAAGGGACGUUCCCUUUGUGCCACCCACACGGAGGAGUCAGAAGAAAUGGCAAGCUGGCCAGCUGUUCCUGGGAUGCCUGGUGCUGCUGAUGCUGAGUGGCUUAGCCAUCCAAGCCUACCUCCUGACUGGCUUUCGCAAGGAACUGGAUACAGCCAUGGCACAGGGAACAGCCAAUGCGACUGCUGAAAAAAUUAUACAAGCUCCUCCCAAGCCUCUUGUCAAAAGGCCAUCUGCUCACCUGACACUAGGACCCCGCAGCACUGCAAUUAUAGAUGGAGUCCUGCAGUGGGAACAUCAGAACGGCUUUGCCUUUCUAGAUGACAUGGGCUACAAGGGUGGUUCACUGAUCUGCAACAAGUCUGGGCACUACUAUGUCUACUCAAAGCUCAACUUGGCAUAUUCAAGCUGUCCAGCCAAACACCAGAAAAGUCCUCUUUUCACCCACAGCAUGUAUAAGAGGACAUCUCGGUACCCCAAGGAGAUAAUGCUGCUGACCAACUACAUUACCUAUUGCAACUGGAAGGACAGUGAACAGUGGUACCGCAAUAGUUUCCUUGCUGGGGUGGUGUAUCUAGAGGAGGAGGAAGAAGUGUUCAUCAAAGUAACGGACAGGGAGCUGCUGUUGUACAAGGAUGACACAAUAUCGUAUUUUGGCGCCUUCAUGAUCUAGAGGCUUGAAGGCUAUGCACAGACUUGAUUUUAGUUGAGCAAUGAGAAGGGCCUCUUCCUCGUAUUGCAGUGGGGUCACGUCUCAAUGUUGUUUCCACAGUUUUUCAAAUACAGUGAAGAAGAUGGAGGGGCAAGAGGCCUGCUCAUUUUUUUAGGAAGAAAAAGUUGUUUGAUAAACUGUUGGAUGGGGCACUAUGACCAAAAUAAAAAGGGUGAGAAUAAAUUGGGGGGGGAGGCAGGGACAUAGGUGAACUUCUUCUAUUUCCUUAAAGAGCUAGUUGACAUUUCUUUGACUGAGCUGUCCAUUAGUCACCCAUGACUGGCCUACCAAAUGUAUGCCUGUUUUAGGUAACAGCUGUACUUCUUUUUUGGGGGGAGGUGGGGGAGGCUAAUUCUGGUUUUUUUACACAUUACAGUUUGAAGUGCUGUAAAAUCCUACAAGGUCAGUUUGAUCAGGAGUCCUGGUGGACCCAGAAAAUGAGAAGACAAUAUUUCACCUCAUAGUCUCUGAAAAGCUGCUGUAAGUACAGGGGCUUAGGGUCUUUCCCCACUUGCAUCUACCCACAGCAUAAACAUAACCUGGCAAUCUCUUGGUUCUGCCAUGUCCCCAUGAGGUUGCCUCCAUCUUGUCCCCAGCAGCCCAGCUCUGAGACAGCCUUGGAAUAAUAUUUUCCCCUCUUAUCUUGACCCUGCCCAAGGACAGCUUGGUUAGGUUUUGUCAC